AUGUCUAUUGCGGGUGAGCUCAAGGAGAAGCCGAUCGAGUUUUUUAUUGCAAAGGCCACUGAUCCUUAUGUGGGAGAUGCCGAACGGCGUAUAUAUGCCGAAAAGUUAUGUGAGAAGGUUAAUUACGAGAUCGAAGGCGCACAAGUGAAGGAUCAGGCGACAAAGAUGCUGUUCAGCUGGCAAAGCUCCAUGGCGCAUAUAGAAAAGUUUAAAGAGGUCUACGACUCGCUAAAGGAGCGCGGUAUAAUCGCUGCGGAUCCAGUUUUGGAAGUGGAAAUGCCGACAGUUCCGGCACCGCCACCGAAAUUUGCCGUUUUUGAGGACGAGGAAAAAGCCAGGCUUUUGAAGGAACUUUUGCAGAGUAAAAACCCUGAAGAUCUACAUACAGCUAAUAGAUUGAUUAAAAAUCUGGUUAGAACGGAGGAUCAAAAAGUCGAAAAACGGAAUAAGCGAUCUGACGACCUGGAUCAAACUGUGCAGCUCUGCCAUUUGAUGGAGGCCGCAUUGCGGAAUGGGCCUACGACACAUUCACUGGCUGACCUUCACGACCACCUCUCAGAGCUUCGGCCAAUCAUGUUCAAAUACGCGAACGAGGCGGCCGAAAAUUCGGAUGAAGCCUUAGCCGAGAUUCUGCAAAUUAAUGAUACUAUUAAUCGCUUGUUACAUGAUUAUGAGGCACAGAAGGCGAAAAGGCGAGGAAGGGCGGGAUCCAGCUCGACAGCUCCAUCCACUACCCAAGUCGAUCUGUUCGAUGAUGUUCCAAUUCCGCUGCCAAACCCUAAGACGUGCCGUUUAUCGGAUUCGGGAGUACGAACAACACACCACAACCUAUCCGCCGUGAGCUUCCCAACUCGAAUCCGAAUUCGGCCAGAAAAAAAGCCGCCCCUAGAUUUGAGCGAUUUCACGGCCCUUGAUGACAUUUUCGCCCCAAGGCCCCCACCACCAAGCUUCCACCAACCGAAGCCGACCCUAUUCGAGUUGAGCCAAGCCAAAUCAGUGGCCCCGUUGAGCUUGAGUCCACUUGAGCCGAUUAGCAAUGCAUCUUCUGCUGAAUUUGAUGAGACGAUAUUAUCAUCGCCAGUCCGGUGUCUCCCGGAAUCUGUAUCGUUUUCCGAACAGCAGAUGCAAUUAUCGGUCGAACAGCCAAUUUCAAUCAUGGAACGGAAGAACGUCAAAAUCCUGCUCCACUACAGCCAGAAUUCGCCUCCAGGCACCACCGGCGUCAGAGCCGGUCUGAUCUCGAUCCUCAACUUCAACACGCACCCUGUGCAAAACAUCAAGUUUCUGGUAUACACGAACGAUAUGAGAAUAAGCUGUCGAUUACUGUGGAAGGAUUGCCAGGAAAUUGACGCGUUUUCGGCGCUGGGUUCAACACCGCACAAACGAGCCAUACUUUUGGUGUUGCCGUUGGACUCGAGGAUGACUGAGGCCGAAUUUACAUACACCAUCAGCUACACCGACGUCUUCGAAGAGACGAUAACCGGAACUUUUGUCAUGAAUGUU